GUCACGGGGCAAGCCGUUAGCUUUGUGAGCGCGCAGAGAGAGGGCUGCUGAAACGUUCACUGGUCGCGUUGGCACCAUGGUGGCGAAACAGAGGAUUCGGAUGGCUAACGAAAAACAUAGUAAAAACAUCACCCAAAGAGGCAACGUGGCCAAAACCUUGAGGCCACAAGAAGAGAAAUAUCCUGUAGGACCUUGGCUUCUGGCACUAUUUGUUUUUGUUGUCUGUGGAUCAGCAAUUUUUCAAAUAAUCCAGAGCAUCAGGAUGGGUAUGUGAGAAGAUAAUGACGUUGGACACUUGUUUAUCUAAGAGCAAAAAUGUGGAACUACAUCUACCUAGCAGAGAUAUUUUUGAAAAUAAAUUUUUUUGAAAACAGUCAUCAUACCAAUAUUUCCCUGAAGGGAUACAGACUCUUUUUCAAAUUUGAUUUCAAAUAUAGAUAGACCGUGGAUUACUGA